CCCACCCGCCCCGGGGGUGGUGGAGGAGGGCGGGCGGGAGGCCCGGCAGCGGGUGAUGAGGACGCCUCUGAGGCCCUUACGGGAACGAACACCUUUCUUCCCCAGCGGGUGUUCCUCGUCCCCGCGGUUCAGCCGAGGCGCUGGAGGACGACGUCGAACGCGGGAGGGGACCGGGCCUCGCUUCCUUUCAGCUUGCGGGGACCGCGGACUUUAAGUUGCAAACGGCGUGCAGAGUAGUUUGCCUGCUUUGAGUUUUGGCACAGACCCCCGUGUUCCCGGGGCCCAGUAGGCGUCCUGGUGCUUUAAACACCCCCCCCGGCAUCCGCAGAGCUCUGCCCGUUGGCCUGGGAACCCUCAGAGAGGUCUCGGGACUUGCGCAAAGACUUGGAACCUGGGCCGUUGGUGGUCUGGGCUCCACACCAGAGACAGACAGGCUUGGGCCUGGUGGGUUUUGCAGGUUGAUUCCUUGCUUCUCUCCCCUCCUUCCUUCUUGAUGAAAUUUGCGUGACAUAAAAUUAACCAUUUUAGACUGCAUGUCGGGGGUUUUUGUUGUGUAUUUAGAGAGUUGUGGAAUAAAAAACUAUCCAAUUCCGGGACAUUUUCAUCACCUUCCGAAAGAAACCCCUGCACCCAUUAAGCGGUCAGUCCGCAUUCCUCCCUCCCCGCCAGCUCUAGGCAGCCACUGAUUUUUUGGGUGGUGCAGGUAGAUUUUACAGUAAUUUUUGUAAAUCACCGAAAAGUUACCUGGAAGUUGGCACUGGCUGUCUCUUGGGAGCCAUUGACAAAUAUCCACCCUCUCAUCCUGGAUUGUGCUCUUUUUUUAGCUUAUUCAACUCACUCUUCAUUCUGUUGUUUUUGACAUGUAAAUUGUUUUUUGGUGUUUUUUUUUUUUUAAGAUUUUAUUUGUCAGAGAGAGAGAGCACAUAAGCAGGGGAAACAGCAGGCAGGAGAAGCAGGCUCACCACUGAGCAUGGAGCCCCACGUGGGGCUCAAUCCCAGGACGCUGGGAUCAUGACCUGAGCCGAAGGCAGAUGCUUAACUGACUGAGCCAUCCUGGCAUCCCUAAAUUCUGUUUUCUUAUAAUGCUCCCCAGAAGUCUUCUGUUGCUUCCGUGGAUGGGCUGUCUUUGUUCCCUCGAUCUUCUCCAGAGAAAGGACCACUUUGUGUUUUCCAUCUGUCAUUAGGUUGGUACUGCAAUUGCAUUCCGUGAAUCACCCGAAUCCCGUGCACCUGGGCAGGCACCUGGUCAGUUGAUCUUGUGAGAUGGCAACCAUCAACCCGUGGGCCUCGUGGGGUGUCCUUACAGACCAGUCCUGGGGAAUGGCGGCUGUUGACCCAUGGGCCUCCUGGGCUCUAUGUCCUCAGGACUCCACCUGGCAUGUGGAAGAGAACCCCAAGGAGGAGAGGAGGGCCCCUGGGCUUCCAACAGCCCAGAUCCAGGAACCAGUGACCUUCAAGGAUGUGGCGGUGGACUUCACCCAAGAGGAGUGGGGGCAGCUGGACCCUGUUCAGAGGACCCUGUACCGCGAUGUGAUGCUGGAGACCUAUGGGCAUCUGCUCUCUGUGGGGAAUCAGAUUGCCAAGCCGGAGGUCAUCUCUCUAUUGGAGCAAGGAGAGGAGCCAUGGUCAGUGGAACAAGCAUAUCCUCAAAGCACUUGUCCAGAGUGGAUGAGAAAUCUUGAAAGCAAAGCAUUGAUCCCAACACAAAGCAUUUUUGAGGAAGAACAAUCCCAUAGCAUGAAGUUGGAAAGAUACAUAUGGGAUGAUCCUUGGUUCUCCAGGUUAGAAGUCUUGGGAUGUAAAGACCAAUUAGAAAUGUAUCACAUGAACCAGAGUACAGCUAUGAGGCAAAUGGUCUUCAUGCAAAAGCAAGUACUGUCUCAAAGAGGUUCUGAAUUCUGUGAACUUGGAGCAGAGUAUAGCCAGAACUUAAACUUAGUUCCAUCUCAGAGAGUUUCUCAAAUAGAACAUUUCUAUAAGCCUGAUACAAAUGCUGAAAGCUGGCGGUGUAACUCAGCCAUAAUGUAUGCAGAUAAGAUUACCUGUGGCAAUCAUGAUUAUGACAAAGCCUUCCACCAGUCCAUACAACCUAUUCAGCAUGAAAGGAUGCAAACUGGAGAGAAUCUUCUCAAAUGUACUGAUGCUGUUAAAUCUUUCAAUCAUAUACUACAUUUUGGUGAUCAUAAGGGAAUGCAUACAGGAGAAAAACUCUAUGAAUAUAAGGAAUGCCAUCAAAUCUUUAACCAGAGCCCAUCAUUUAAUGAACAUCCACGACUUCAUGUUGGAGAAAACCAGUAUGAUUACAAAGAAUAUGAGAAUAUCUUUUAUUUCUCAUCAUUUAUGGAGCAUCAAAAAAUUGGUACCGUAGAGAAAGCGUAUAAAUACAAUGAAUGGGAGAAAGUCUUCGGGUAUGACUCAUUCCUUACUCAACAUACAAGCACUUACACCUCAGAGAAACCCUAUGAAUAUAAUGAAUGUGGGACAUCUUUCAUCUGGAGCUCUUACCUUAUCCAGCAUAAGAAAACUCAUACUGGAGAGAAACCCUAUGAAUGUGAUAAAUGUAGGAAAGUGUUUAGGAAUCGUUCAGCCCUUACUAAACACGAGCGGACUCACACUGGAAUAAAGCCCUACGAAUGUAAUAAAUGUGGAAAAGCCUUCAGCUGGAAUUCUCAUCUAAUUGUACAUAAAAGAAUUCAUACGGGAGAGAAACCUUAUGUAUGUAACGAAUGUGGGAAGUCUUUCAACUGGAACUCACAUCUUAUUGGACAUCAGAGAACUCAUACUGGAGAGAAACCUUUUGAAUGUACUGAAUGUGGGAAAUCUUUCAGUUGGAGCUCCCAUCUUAUUGCCCACAUGAGAAUGCAUACUGGAGAGAAGCCCUUUAAAUGUGAUGAAUGUGAAAAAGCUUUCAGGGAUUACUCAGCGCUUAGUAAACAUGAAAGAACUCACUCUGGAGCAAAACCAUAUAAAUGUACAGAAUGUGGAAAAUCCUUCAGCUGGAGCUCCCAUCUCAUUGCCCAUCAGAGAACUCACACAGGAGAGAAACCGUAUAACUGUCAGGAAUGUGGCAAAGCAUUCAGAGAACGCUCAGCCCUCACUAAACAUGAAAUAAUUCAUUCUGGAAUCAAGCCUUAUGAAUGUAAUAAAUGUGGAAAAUCCUGCAGCCAGAUGGCUCACCUUGUUAGACAUCAAAGGACUCAUACUGGAGAAAAGCCCUAUGAGUGUAAUAAAUGUGGAAAAUCCUUCAGCCAGAGCUGUCACCUUGUUGCUCAUCGGAGAAUUCACACUGGUGAGAAACCUUAUAAAUGUAAUCAAUGUGAAAGAUCCUUUAACUGUAGCUCUCACCUUAUUGCACACCGGAGAACUCAUACUGGAGAGAAACCAUAUAGAUGUAAUGAAUGUGGGAAAGCAUUUAAUGAGAGUUCUUCCCUCAUUGUACAUCUAAGAAACCAUACUGGAGAAAAACCCUACAAAUGUAAUCAUUGUGAGAAAGCUUUCUGUAAGAAUUCUUCUCUUAUUAUUCAUCAGAGAAUGCAUAGUGGAGAGAAACGCUUUAUAUGCAAUGACUGUGGAAAAGCCUUUAGUGGUCACUCAGCCCUACUUCAACAUCAGAGAAAUCAUAGUGAAGAGAAACUGUGAAUUGAAUUGAUAGAUUUUUCUUUUAUUGUACAUUUGGUAACACAUUGAAAAAGAAAAAAAAAGUAUAAAUCAAGAGGGGAAAUUUUUUAGUAAGAAUUCAGGAAGACUUAUUAUUCAAUAGAAAAUAUCUUCUUAGAAGAAACCUAUGAAUGAAAAGACUGGAAAAAGCUUUCAGCAGUUAUGUAGCCUUUAUUUAACAUCAGAUAAUUACAGUGAUGAAAACUCCAAACUCCUCUAAUGGUCCACCAGGAAUCCUACUUAAGGAACAUGAAUGGAGGGAAUGAGACUUCUUUUCUAGGGAGAUCUCAACUAUUUGUGGAUCAAAGUGCAUUGUUAAGGGGAAAACCUUAUUCUGGGAAGUUUUUCAACUGAAAAUACACUUUUGCAUCAAGCUGGAAUGAUAGAUGGGAAGCUUUAUAGUAACAUCUUGUUCAUAAUUGUGGAAAUACAGAUUUUGCUGUUAUAAAGGGAGGAUGUGGGUGCCCUUUAAGGAACAGAAUAUGAAAUACUAAAUCUGAAUUUAAGAAAAAAAUAGUAUUGAAUGGGAUAUUUGCUGUUGAUCAAGAUUAACCUUAGAAAAGAUUAGUAAAUGAGAUUACUAAUGGUGGAAAGAUUAUUACCUAGAAGUAUGAGACUGAUCAAGAGGUGACAGUUUAUGACCCAGUGUGUCAGUGUCCAUGGUUUACUCAUUGAUUGCAUCGUUGGACAAUUCAUUUGUAAUUUGUUUUAGGCAAUCACUAUAAAGUUAUAAUUGUGGACACCGCAUCAAUAUAUAUAAUGUUAAGGAAUGAAAAGGACACAAAAUUGUACAUACAUAUCUAUUAUAACAUCUAAAAAAUGUAUACAGAUAAAAGACUGGAAGGACCCAUGGAGAAAUUAACCUGGUUAAUUUAAGAUUUUUAAAAAUUUUUACAAACACAUACAGCACUUAUCAUGUGCUAGACUUUGUUUUAAAUGCUUUUCAAACAUUAACUUGUUCAGUCUCCUUAAUGCUAUGAGAUAGGUACCUUUAUUAUCCCAGUUUUGUAAAUGGAGAAACUGGGCCAGAGAUGUUGAGAAACCUAAGGACACACAGCUGUUAAGAAAUGGAACUGAGAUUGUUUGGCUCCAGAGUCAUGUUUUUAACUACUAUGUUAUGCUGCCUCUCCAGUGAUUUUUUCCCCUAAUUUUUUUCUUUUGUUCAGUUUUCUAUAGUAGAUAUUUAAUAAUAAAAAUCCAGAAAUCCCAAAGCAAUGAGAAAUAAAGUUACCUGGCUCUCUGUCCUGAAUGAUUUCUGGUAACGUGAGAGCUAAAUUCCCUUUGGAAUAUGAAAUCUGGAUUGGACGUUCAGAAUCACUGCAUUUUCUGGGACCUGGGUUCCCUAGGAUUUCACUACCCACAACCUUGAGGAUUACAGCACAACAAAUGGCUGGAAGACUCACCAGAGGUUUGGGCAAUGCUAAGGAAUGCCCCUUGAUGGGUUUAGAAUGGCCCUCAUGGGACAGACAGCAAGAGACACUACUGCACAUGGGAGCAAUAUUUCUCAAGGUCUCCCUCAAAUUCAGUGUUUAUGUUUUCUCCUCCAGCGGAGAAGAUUGCUUGAUAGUAGGGGGGCUUCAAAGGGAAGGGAGCUUACCACUUCAGCAGAGUGAAGAAGUCUCUCUGUUCCUAGUGGAAAGGAGGCAAGAUGGGUAAGAGGAUUUAGGUGACUUCUCUCCAGUUCACAGAUACUUCCUGUAUUUCCCUAAAGUAGGGCUAUAAUUGGAGGCCAACAGUUCUUGGAUAGGUUUCAAGGGUAUGGGUUAGAAAUCUAGGAUACAAAAGGUUCGUCGAGUUCUUGCAGGGCCCAUGACUUCCCAUUGUUUGAGAAAGUGGCCUACUGGUGUGGGGAGGCUGUGUUCACCAUCCUGUAGCUGGAACUCACAUAGGUAUGUAACAUCUGAUUCCCUGCCUUUCAGGGCUUAAUGCAUAGUGGUCACCCAAUAAAUGUUGCAGGAGUAAAUUACUGAAUGGAUUUCUCAUGUGAUUUGUGCAAAGACCUUUAGAGAGCAUAGAAUUAGCAGCAUCUCUGUAAGAGAAAGCAGUAUGUAUCAAGUCAUAGUGUCACUAUGUGGGUAUAGUACUCUAAUACCCGAUGUAAUACAUGCUGAGCAAAUCCAGUUUCUCUGAUUUAGGGACUCCAAAGGAUCUCAUAAUUCAUACAUAAUAUUAUACAAGCAUACUGACAAAUUAUUCUAUAUUAUUCAGCUUAAUAUCCUUUAAAAAAAUUUUCUAAAAGUGCCUCUUGUGGCCCAGCUGACAUCACAAGUCAAGAGAAAGUCCCAGACUUCUGCUUCCUCCUGGAAGGAUCCCCACAUUCCUACCACCUGUCACACACGUGCACAGUGUGCCUUGGAUGUUCAGGACUCCCAGGCCCCCUCACUUCCCUUAUUCUAACCCAUGUAUGGCUCAGUUCAUUGCCCUUUUGACCCUAUCUUCUCACCAACUCUGGAACCUUCUGUUGGGCCCAGCUGGAACUCUUACUCGGCCAUGAGCUCUCCCUUUUCACCUUCCUGCCGUGAUUGAAGUUUGGGUCUCCCCUACGUACAGUUUUUCUUACGAUGGCUCCAGGGGUCGCUCCUUUCCCUCCCACUUUUCUUAUUUGCUGCUUCUAGAUUGUUCCUCCCUUCUCUCUAAAACUUACCUCUGACUCUUGGGAUAUGAGACCAUCAUUCCAGCUUCCCUUCAUUGCAGUCAUCUAAUGGGUCAUUCAUCCACAUAUCAAAGAUUUCAGCACCUGCCUUACUGCAUCUAGAACCACCUCCAUCAUAAUACUUCCUGGUUCCAUCAUCCAUCUAGAUGAUCUUCCCAUGUACUGACCUCAGUUCUUUGUCCCCUCUGCUCAUGGUUUUGUCAACCACUAGGACUAUUCCAUUACUAGUGACUGGAACACCUCCACCUUCUAUUUCCUAAGCUGGUUGACUAUUUAGUAUCAAGCUUCCAAAAAUCCCUUGACUUAACCUUCCCUCAUGCUCACUGCCAGCAGACGACUUUGCUUCCUAUUUCCCUGAGAGAACAGAAGCAAUCAGCAGAAGCCUGCCAUAACAUCUACCUACCUUCCACAGGUACCUACAUAUGAACUGAAUGGGUUGGCUCCAGAGCCUGUCUCCUCCAUACUACUCAAGGUCAUUGCUCCAGCAAAGUUUCCCCUAUCUCAUGUAUCAUCAAGUUUUCCCUGUGUACUGGAUUAUUCCCACCAACAUGCAAAGAUGCUUUAAAAAAAAAAGGAAAACCUCUCAAUACCACAUUUCCUUCUAGCUCCUGCAUAAUCUCUGCUUUGUUGUAGGAAGCAAGUUUUUUAAAAGUUGUUUGUUUUUUUUUUAAGAUUUUAUUAAUUUAUUUGACAGAGACAGCAAGAGAGGGAACACAAGCAGGGGGAGUGGGAGAGGGAGAAGCAGGCUCCCUACUGAGCAGGGAGCAUGACCUCGAAGGCAGACGCUUAAGGAUUGAGCCACCCAGGCGCCCAAAUAGUUGUCUUUACUUAUCCCUACUUCCUUUCCAUUCUUUCUUGAACCUUCUCCAAAGCUGCCUCACUGCCAGAAGUCCUCCACAUUGUUAAACCUAGUGGUCAAUUCUGUUUUUCCCUUUCUUAAAAUAGCAUUAUAGAUAAUAGAUCAUUUCCUCCUUAAAACAUAUUUUUCAGCUGGCUUUCUGGACUUCCCUCCUGAGUCUGGCCUUCGUUUCAGGCCUCCUUGCCUGUUUCCUUCCCACUUCCCUUCAUAUUGUCAGGUGCCCUGUUUUCUACCUGUUUACACCUCUGAUGGUCUUGUCCAGUCUUGAGGCUUCAAACACCACUGGUAUGCUGAGGACUUUACUUUUAGGGCUACGGUUUGAUGAAUGUUGAAAAUGUAUACACCCUUGUAACCACUGCUACAAUCAAAACAGAGUAUUUUCACUUUUCCAGAAAGUUUCUUCAUGUCUCUACAGUUCAUCUCCACCACUUUUUCUUUUUUUUUUUUUUUAAGAUUUUAUUUAUUUAUUUGAGAGAGAGAAUGAGAGACAGAGAGCAGGAGAGGGAGGAGGGUCAGAGGGAGAAGCAGACUCCCUGCUGAGCAGGGAGCCCGAUGCGGGACUCGAUCCCGGGACUCCAGGAUCAUGACCUGAGCUUAAGGCAGUCGCUUAACCAACUGAGCCACACAGGCGCCCUCCAUUUUUUUUUUUAAAGAACAAGAACAACAAAACAUUUUUGCACGAGGAUAUAAACAUAGGGAGAAGAAAAUAGGGAUUUUGAAGAGCAUUACAAGAGAUGAGAGGUCAGUUUUUAAAAGCCUGUGAUAUGCUUAAAUCUGAGACCAAUGAAUAAAGCCUUACUUUUGUUUCAGUGACAAAUGGUAACAAAUGAAAGAAGCAGAAUGAUGAUAGGCUUGCACAAGGAUUAGUAAAUACAGAAAACAACAAGGAAUGAGCUAGGCCAGUCUACAGUAUUCAGGCUCUUUCUGCCUGGAUUUCUGUUAAACCUCCCUGAUUAAGACCCUUCUGGGGCACCUGGGUGGCUCAGUUGGUUAAGCAUCUGUGUUUGGCUCAGGUCAUGAUCUCAGGGUCCUGGGAUUGAGCCCCAUGUCAGGCUCCCCACUCAGCGGGGAGUCUUCUUCUCCCUCUCCCCACUUGUGCUGUCUCUCUUGUUCUCUCUCUCAAAUAAAUAAAAUUUAAAAAGAAUCUUAUGGGGCACCUGGGUGGCUCAGUUGGUUAAGCAACUGCCUUCAGCUCAGGUCAUGAUCCCGGAGUCCUGGGAUGGAGCCCCGCAUCGGACUCCCUGCUCAACCGACAGUCUGCUUCUCCCUCUGCCUCUCACCCUGCUCCUAUUCUCUCUCUCAAAUAAAAAAUCUUUUUAAAAAACCUUAUAAAAAAUAUUCAUACCCCAUAACACAUAGUGGGCUUUGUUUUUCUGAACUCCCCCUAUUCUUUUUGUACGUCUUUUAUACAUCCUUGAUGGUUAUGUACAGGCACAGCCAUUUAUACGCGCUCAUGUCGCUAAUCCACCAGGGUGCUCUGCUCACCAGCCCUCGCCCACUUCUUUGGGAAGCAAUCAAGUAUUCCCAGACAAAUCCAUCUUCUGAUUCUAUGCCUCUGUAUUUCCUUUCUAAGCUUUUAACAUUUAUUUUUCUCUUUUUAAUUUUGUUUACCAGGGAGUAAGUGCCUCCCUUCUCAUUUAUGACUAAAAGAAGAAGAAAGAACGAGGAGGCAAUAAAUCAUCCCACAGAUAAUCAUAUUUGACAAAUGUUUUAGUUCUUUCCAAAGUCAAAUUCCUAUGUUUCUGAUUUUAUCUUGAGUCACCUUGCAGUAUAAAUGGUGUUA